AUGAUACCGAGAUGGAAGCGAGUGAUAAUAAAAUGCUGCAUAAUUCCCCAGCGUUAUGUCCUGGGAAUAAUGGGACUUCUAGCAGUAUGCAAUGCAUAUACAAUGAGGGUUUGCCUCAACCUAGCCGUUACUCAAAUGGUGAACAAUACCAAAAGCGGUGAAGAAGCAAAAUAUGAUCCAGACGCUUGCCCUGAUGACAGCGUACUCUUGGUCAACGGAACAGCUCCAUAUAAACCGCACGCAAUAUUUGAUUGGUCAGAAUCAACACAAGGCUUAAUUCUCAGUGGAUUUUACUAUGGAUAUUGUAUCACCCAAGUGCCGGGAGGCUACUUGGCUCAAAAGUAUGGUGGAAAAUGGACGCUGGGCAUUGGAUUAUUGAGUACAGCUCUAUUCACAUUGCUUACUCCUAUUGUUGUGACGACGGGUGGAGCGACAUGGUUGUUUAUACUUCGUGUCUUACAAGGAAUGGGUGAAGGCCCAACCAUGCCAGCUCUCAUGGUAGUCCUAGCGAAAUGGGUCCCACCCCACGAGAGAUCUAUACAAGGUGCUUUGGUCUUUGGUGGGGCACAAAUCGGAAAUAUCUUUGGAUCGUUCAUGUCAGGAUUCCUGAUGGCCGGCAAUGGUCACUGGGCAAAUGUGUUUUACUUUUUCGGGUGUUUUGGAAUUUUGUGGUUUUUACUAUGGAGUAUCCUAUGCUACAGUUCGCCAGACACCCACCCGUUCAUAUCAGAUGGAGAGUAUAAGUACUUGAGCGAGACUAUAACGGGCUCAGAGAACAAGAGUACCAGAGAUCCAAUACCGUGGAAAGCCAUUUUGAGGUCUGCGCCCGCUUGGGCCUUGUUGUUUGCUGCUGUGGGUCAUGACUGGGGUUAUUAUACUAUGGUAACAGAUCUACCAAAGUACAUGACAGAUGUCCUCAAGUUUAAUAUCGCGGCAACGGGCACUCUUACUGCCCUACCCUACCUCGCUAUGUGGAUAUCCUCCUUCGUCUUCGGUGUCAUCUGUGACUACUGCGUCAAAAAGAAUUGGCAUUCCAUCAAGACUGGAAGAAUUGUCUACACCACUAUUGCCGCCACCGGUCCAGCAAUUUGCAUUGUGCUGGCGUCAUAUGCUGGGUGUGAUAGGUUUGCUGCUGUAGCAUACUUUAUCGCUUCCAUGGCACUUAUGGGAGGAUUCUAUAGCGGCAUGAAGGUUAAUGCUUUAGAUCUGGCUCCAAAUUACGCUGGUUCCCUCACAGCCAUGAUCAACGGUACUUCAACUCUAUCAGGAAUAAUUACGCCAUAUCUCAUUGGACUCUUAACACCCGAUUCUACAUUGAAGCAGUGGCGUGUCGCCUUUUGGAUCUGCUUCGCGGUACUAGUGGUUACAAAUAUCAUCUAUAACAUCUGGGCAGAUGGUAAACAGCAAUGGUGGGAUGACAUCAGAAAAUUCGGAUACCCAGACGAUUGGAAACACGGACCCCUUAAAAGGUCUGAUGAUGACAAAGAGACGAAUAAGAAGAAUAAGAAUAAAGGAACUACACUAUAG